CACUACAGAGAGUAUCGCCAGUGGACAGGUCUUUUUCUGUGAACCCUCCCACUAUGCGUAGCAAACUUCUUGUUAACAUUUGAAAAUAAAAAAAGGAAGGUCCCUCAACCUCUGCUUCUCAUUUCCUCCUUUACCAGCAAAACAACACUGAGAUGUCUGAAGCUCUUUGUAUUGUAGGUUCUUUUUUUGGCUCAGCAGAAGCACAGCAAGACUGUGGAUCCUGUUACGUAAUAAAUAUGGGGUCGGUUUUGGGCAUUAUUGCCUCUGAUAUCAUCUUGACCAUCCUCAUCACUUUUACAGUGUUCUGCUUUGCGUCUCAGCACAACAAGAGGAGGGAGUGGGAUUCACAUGACGGAAAAAGAAGUCAAUCAUCAUCAGUGUCAAAGAAAAUAGCAACUGAAGUCACCGAAUCCCCCUACCAGGAGUUACAUGGAGUCCAGUCAGACGUGUACAGUGAGCUUCAGCACUUUAGGAAAUGAAGCAACGGAUCUACAAAUAUCACCUCAGUGUCUCCAUUGUAACUAUGUUGUGAGGCUAUAAAAGGUGUGUUAGUUUUACACUGCUUUAAUAGCAUCACUGUUACCCCAAUAGCAUUAUUAAGGGAAAUGAAUUAGUACCUGCAACGGCCGUUUAAAGGGUACACCUCGAUGUUUGUUUUGACAGGUAUAGAGUAUGUCAGGUUAUUAUUUUCAAUGAGCAAUUCUAGAGAUAGUUUCUUGAAUAGAUAUCAAAUAGAGUUAAAUGAUUUGCUUCACAUUUAUACUGUGAGGUAUCUGGUAGUCGGUGAUUACGUUUCUAAAGCUUUGAUUUAUAUCUUACUCACUGUGUCCUGUUUUGUUGAAAAUGUUGUUUGCUGUAUCACACAUUUUGGUUUUAUGUGAAUCCCGUUUUUAAGAAGUAUUUGUUCUUCUUAGCACUUUCUACUUAUAAAUAAAACUACAUUUAAAUCAAGGCAAAUAAAAAGGAUGCAUUCUUCAAAUUGA